AUGGAAUUCGUUAAAGACCUCGAAGAUAGAUUGCUUUUUGCUGUGCCCAAGAAGGGCAGAAUUUAUGAAACGUGUAUGGAUUUACUCAAGGGCUGUGACAUUCAUUUCAACAGAAGUUCACGCCAAGACAUUGCCCUUUGCACCAACCUGCCUAUUGCUCUUGUUUUUCUGCCUGCUGCCGAUAUCGCCAAAUAUGUAGCUGACGGUGAUGUGGAUCUAGGUAUUACUGGCCAGGAUAUUGUUAAAGAAAGUGGCGCCGAGCAAAAAAUUCGUGAAGUUCAGGAAUUGGAGUUUGGAAAGUGCCGACUUUGUCUUUGUGUACCUCAAAAGGGUCCUUAUCAAACAAUUGAAUCGCUGGUCGGUAAACGUAUUGUUACAAGUUUUGUAAAUACAGCAGCCAAAGUGUUUGAGCCUUUGGAUCAAGCUUCUGGAAAGAAGACUGUUAUUCAGCACGUUUCUGGUUCCGUCGAAGCUGCUUGUGCACUUGGCUUGGCAGAUGGUAUUGUCGAUCUUGUUGAAACUGGUGAAUCAAUGCGUGCAGCAGGUCUUCACGAUAUUCACGAUAUUAUGCACACCCAAUCUAUUUUGAUAGCCAACAAAAAGUCAAAGCAUACGGAUUUGAUUGAAAGAAUUGCGUCACGUGUGCGCGGUGUGAUAACUGCUAAAAAGUUUGUUUUAUGCACUUACAAUAUUCAGCGCAAAAAUCUUGACAAAGCUGUCAAAAUCACGCCAGGUCGUCAAGGUCCUACCAUUUCCACAUUGGAAAUGAAGGGUGAUAAUGAAUGGUUAUCUGUUUCCUCUAUGAUAUUGAAAAAGGAAAAAGGAGAUAUCAUGGAUCAGUUAACGGAUUGUGGUGCUACGGAUAUAAUGGUAAUGGGUUUUGCAAGCUGUCGCGUCUAG